AUGGCUGUAUGCACGGCCAUACAAAAGUGUGCUGGAGCUCCGCCCAUGGAGUCUAUUACCCUUCUGCAAGCCAUCGUGCGGCCUACAAAAUCCACCCAACAGGAGGAGAAAACUGCUCUCAUUCAGGCUGUCAUCGGCGUAAAGUACGCUAGCUAUGAAGAAUGGCGUUCUCUGCUGAAGCCAUACAUAUUGAAGAUCUCUCCGCUCAGCAGGACCUCUUUCCAUAUGUUCCAGGGGUUAUUUGACAUGAAACCUGAAGAACGGCGUGUGAAUGAAGAUAUGCUGGUCAAUGAUAUAGCAAACCAUCAGCUCUCACGGAACCUCCUGUGCCAAAUAUUUACCAGGGUCACUAUCAUCAUGUUUACCUUUGACUGGAACCGAGCUACAAAGCAGGCCAAGUCGUCCAUGAAGCGUCAAGCAUACCUGCUAUCUCAAGGUCUAUCCUUGGCUGAUGUGCAAGAAAUGUCGCAAGACGAGAUAAAGCAGAGAAUCAAAUCUGAAGCCUUGAGUUUCAAGUAUUUCAAGAAUCAGCACGAACAUGAAGUGACCGCUCGCAACCGCUUCUUCCAGUUGUGGCAAAGAAUAGGAGCCUCAGCCUUGUUUGAACCGAUAUGGUCGAUCCAAAACAUGAAGAACAAACGUCGGGCCCACCUCCACCAAGCCUACUUGGAUAUGGUACAAGGCCGCAACGGACACGCAGCCCCCCUGCUCGAUAAUGGAUCCAAUGCCCUGGCCCUUACACACCAGUGCUACAAACACGUUUUACUGUGCUUGUGUCGGGCCAUAGGGGGCGCAGAAUUUUCCGAUGCCAUUCAAGACUUUCUUGCUUUGGAACAGGGUAAGACUAUUCAUGACAGUCAGGCAGGUCCACAGCCAACAUCAGAGGGAGAUUCUGCUAGUACUAGCACCCAGGAUUAG